AUGUCCACCCUUACCUCAGUGCUGGCCAUGGACGGGGAGAACUACCUGCAUCCAGAAGGCCCUCAGCUGAACAGCAGCAUGUUCUCAGUGGGCGCCUCAAACAUGGAGAGUUCAAUAUUUACCUCCUCUGGUACCUGGGGACCCUUUUCUCAGCAGCCUGGAUACUGCCCUAUGCAAUCUGGAAACCAGCAAUACCACUUGAAUAACAGCACUACCACCAACAUUCCUGAUAUGCACAUGAGCAUGUACCCGGGAUUCUCUGACAUGGACUUUCCCAGCCUCCCUAAAAAUGGGAAUGGAGACUUCGCCCAGGACCUGUCCUGCAUUGAUGACCUCUCAAACUCUUUGUUCUCUUCUCCCGCGGACUCGCUGUCGGAGUACGCCGACACCCAGUCCUACAUCCCCUCCAAUCACCCGGAUCCAGUUCCCACACUCUGGGACAUUAACACUAGCCCCGCCACCACACAAGCACAGAGCCACUUAGAGCAAAAUGGCGACAGGUUUCAAGGCUUGACCAGUUUGGAAGAUAUUUCUGCUAUAAUCAGCACGCAAGCUUUAGGACUCCAGACUCCAGUAACACAACCACCACCAGAGGAAGAAGAGGAGGCUGAGGAGGAGGAACCAGAGGAGCUCGGCCAUGUUGACACAUACGCAGAGUACAAACCCUCAAAAUCCACAAUAGGAAUUUCACAUCCUGACAUUGUUGUGGAAACCAACACGCUGUCCAGCGUCCCUCCUCCGGACAUCACAUACACUCUAUCUAUUCCGGACUCAACUAUUAACAGUGGCCUGCUGUCUGCACUGCAGUUAGAGGCCAUUAUCUACGCCUGUCAGCAACACGAGGUGAUUCUCCAGAACAACCAGAGAGCAGGCUUCCUGAUUGGAGAUGGAGCAGGCGUUGGAAAGGGACGCACCGUGGCAGGAAUCAUUCUGGAGAACUAUCUUAAGGGACGAAAGAAAGCACUGUGGUUCAGCAUAUCCAAUGACCUGAAAUACGACGCAGAGAGAGAUCUCAAAGACAUAGAUGCACCAAAUAUCCCGGUGCAUGCCUUAAACAAGAUAAAGUAUGGAGACACAGCUACCUCAGAAGGAGUCCUGUUUGCAACUUACUCUGCACUCAUCGGAGAGAGCCAGGCAGGAGGCCAGCACCGGACGAGAAUCAAACAGAUCCUGGACUGGUGCAAGCAGGACUUUGAUGGAGUUAUUAUUUUUGAUGAAUGCCACAAAGCCAAGAACGCCACAUCCACAAAAAUGGGCAAGGCAGUUCUUGACCUGCAGAACAAGCUGCCACACGCCAGAGUGGUGUACGCCAGUGCCACAGGUGCCUCUGAGCCAAAGAACAUGAUUUAUAUGAGCCGCCUGGGAAUCUGGGGCGAGGGCACACCCUUCAGGACCUUUGAUGACUUCCUGCAUGCCAUUGAGAAGAGAGGGGUCGGGGCUAUGGAGAUUGUGGCCAUGGACAUGAAAGUGAGCGGCAUGUAUAUUGCCAGACAGCUAAGCUUCUCUGGCGUUUCUUUCCGCAUCGAGGAGAUCGGCCUGGACAGCGACUUCAAAGAGGUCUACAACAAAGCUGCCAAGCUGUGGGCGGAGGCAUUGAAAAUGUUCAUGCAGGCAGCUGAUGAGCUGGGGCUGGUCAGCAGGAAGUCCCUGUGGGGACAGUUCUGGUCAUCUCACCAGCGCUUCUUCAAAUACCUUUGUAUCGCUGCCAAGGUGCGCUGCCUGGUGGAGCUGGCUCAGAAGGAGCUGGAGGCUGGAAAGUGCAUCGUUAUCGGACUGCAGUCCACUGGAGAAUCACGCACCAGAGAGGUCUUGGAUGAAAACGAUGGGCAUCUUGACAGAUUUGUUUCUGCAGCAGAGGGAGUAUUCCAGUCUCUUGUAACAAAGCACUUUCCUUCAGAGAAACAAAGGAGAGAGAAGGCACCAGGGAAUAAAAGAAAAAAAGGGAAGCCUCGAGGUCGCCAGGCAAAGAUGCCCAAGCACACAGUGGACAGCGGCGGUGUGAUCAACAUCUCUGACGACAGCAGCAGUGACUCUGAGGGGAUGGACACCGACUCCAACUCUUCGCCAGACUCCCUGCAAGACAACGAUGACGUCAUCUUUGUUAACCACACUAGCCACCAGUCAGCUAGGAUAGAUGAGAUGAAGCACAGCCUGCUCAAUAAAAUUGCUGUACUGGGAAAAGAACUACCUCUCAACACAUUGGACGUGCUCAUAGAUAGGUUUGGAGGACCAGAUAAAGUUUCAGAGAUGACUGGACGUAAAGGUCGCGUGGUGCGACGUCCAGACGGCACCGUUCGCUACGAGUCCCGGGCCGAGCAAGGCUCCACCAUCGACCAAAUCAACAUCAAGGAGAAGGACCGCUUCAUGUGUGGAGAAAAGUUGGUGGCCAUCAUCUCAGAAGCAGCCAGCUCAGGGAUUUCCCUGCAGGCCGACAAACGAGUGAAGAACCAGAGGCGAAGGGUCCACAUGACCCUGGAGCUGCCGUGGAGUGCAGACCGGGCCAUCCAGCAGUUCGGUCGCACUCACCGGUCCAAUCAGGUCACAGCACCAGAGUACAUCUUCCUCAUCUCAGAGUUGGCCGGGGAGAGACGUUUCGCAUCUAUUGUGGCCAAAAGACUCGAGAGCCUGGGUGCUUUGACCCACGGUGACAGAAGAGCCACUGAAUCGAGGGACCUGAGCAAGUACAACUUUGAGAACAAGUAUGGUACCAAGGCCCUGGAUAAAAUCACCAAAUCAAUCAAUGGCUACAUAGAAAACAAGGUGCCUCCUCCCAAAGGAUACCCUGAAGGGGACGCCAUGUUCUUCAGAGACAUGAAAGUUGGAAUGAUGGAUGUGGGCAUCAUCUGUAAGGAGCCUCGCUUUGGCAUCAGUACUGAGAAAGACUGCAGCAUCACCAAGUUCCUGAACCGCAUCCUGGGCCUGGAGGUCCACAAGCAGAACUACCUCUUCCAGUACUUCACAGAUAACUUCGACUACCUGAUCGAGAAGGACAAGAAGGAGGGAAAAUACGACAUGGGAAUCCUAGAUCUGGCCCCCGGCAAUGAUGAGAUUUAUGAGGAGAAGCAGGAAACUUUCCUGACAGUCGGAAAUCCUCAAGAUGGACAGGUUGUUCUUUAUAAGAUCAGCGUGGACAGAGGAAUGCCGUGGGAGGAGGCGUACAACAGGUCACUGAAGCUCACCGGUCCUGAGGAGGGAUUCUACCUUUCCCAUAAGCUGCGAGGUAACAGCCCGUGUGUGCUGCUGGCCGAGCAGGGAAGAGGUAAAAACUUCAACAUCUACAAGCCCAACAUUGGCAAGCAGACGCAGCCCGAGAGCCUCAGCAACCUGCAGCAACGUUACAGAAAGGUUACUUUCUUGGAGGCCAGGGAGAGCUGGGAGAACCAGUUCACCUUUUCCUUUAAGAACUGCAGCCACGCCAACUGGAAUGGGAAGUGUAAGAAAAUCGAGGAGGGCCAGGAGUGUCUGGCGGGGAUGCGUCUCCGCCAGUAUCACAUGCUGUGCGGAGCUUUGUUACGGGUGUGGAAGCGGGUCUCCGACGUUGUGUCCGACAUCACCAGCUCCAGCAUUCUGCAGAUCGUCCGCCUCAAAACCAAGCAGCACAACAAGCAAGUCGGCAUCAAGAUCCCAGAAAACUGCGUGGCCCGCGUGCGCGAGGAGCUGCUGCAGAUGGACGAGGAGGUGAAACGGAGGCGGAAAGAGAAGGAGCAGCAGGAGCGCAUGCGCAAAAUGGAGCAGGAGAACAAGCACCUUCUGGAGAACCUGUUCAGCCGGAAGCCCAUCCAAAACCAGACGCUCGUUCAUCCUCUGGUGUCCAACCCGUUCCCCAAACAGAACCUGAACGCUCUGCAGAGGACUCAGCUUGGCAGCUUCUCCCAGCCGUCCUCCCACAGCCCGUCACUGUUCCCUCUCAACGGCUGGCCCAACAACUCCUCCUCCUUGUCCUCUCCCUCCUCCGCCACCAACGGCCAGGUCUGCCAGUCCAGUCACAGAUUCCCCCCGUUCUACGGCUCGUCGUCUUUCAUGUCUUUCCCUCAAUCCAAGAACCCGCCGCUCCAGCUCACCCAGUUCUCGCCGGCUCCCCUUCUGUCUUCCAAGAACCCUCUGGACGAAAUCUUGGACCUGACCGUGAGCCCGCCUUCUUCGUCUCCGGACAGCACCACGGCCAACCCGGCCGCGUUCGUGGAAGAUUUCAACCUGGACGUUCUCUUGGGCCAGACGGCGCCGGACAUGUUGACCGCUCCGCAGACGCAGCUGCCCCAACUCGACCUGCAGCACAUCCUGCAGCACACGUCGGAGUCAGCGGCGACGCCGUCCAGCCAGUUCGACCUGCAGCGCCCGCCGGAGCCGCAGCAAGAGCAGCAGACGCAGGAGCAAAGCCGCGACUUGUUGGUCAACAACCACCAGGACAUACUAGAGCUACUUUGCGCAGGCCUGUCUCCGCCCCCGCCCGCGCAGAAAGCCGUCUCGUCGUCUUCCGCCCUGUCCCACUACCCCAAUCCGCCCUCCUCGUCCUCAUCAUCCUCCUCCUCGUCCUCGCUGUACUCCAGCGCGGCACACUCCUCCUGCUUUCCGGCGAACUCGCUGCUGCCGCUCUCGGACCCUUUACCCAACGGCCAGUGCGGCGUGGGCGCGCUGGACGUCCGCGAGGCUCUGAACAGCAUGCUGCAAGCCGGACCUGACCGCAAGUCCGUCAUCCAGUACCGUCAGCAAGACUGA